UUACAUUUGUCCUUUGUCGCGCAGUUUUGGCAGAGCAUGUUGGUGUCACUUAAAUGUGCUCUUAUCAGGACACUAAUUUUACGCGGUAACAUAAUGGUUUUAUAACUGACAAACUAAUAUGAAUCGUUUAAUGUACUUGUGUUUUCGUUACAUGUUCAUGACGGAGGAAGGAAGAUACGUGGUAACCGCGAGAAGAAGGAACACAGUAACAGUGAAUAUAACAAUUUGUGAGACCUUGGCAAGAUCGUUGAAAGCGUCCGAGACGAAAAUGGACUAUUUAAGAUUCAACCAAGAAACUGGGUCAUCGAUGGUUUGUUGUUUGAUGCAAGGGGUCAAACAAAUUCCUGGUUGUUUAGUGACAUCUCGUGUGGUAAGGGCCUGCAUCCUUAAUAACUGAUUUCCCAUGGAUGUGAGUCUUCGCCAAGACGCUAGCGAUGAACCCAAUCUUCCACAACCUGCUCGUGUUCAUGAAAUUAACAGCGAAGCACACAGAUUAGGUAUCCAUACGAUGAGACCGCUACAUAUGGAUCAAGCGAUUCUGCAGAACCGUGUGAAAUCCUUCCAAAGAAGUCCUGAUAAUAUAAGACACCGAGCGCUAGAGUUGGCGACUGCUGGAUUUUUCUAUAUCGGUGAUGCAGACUGCGUCCGCUGUUUCUUUUGUGGCAUUCUCCUGCGACGCUGGGAGCCCCCGAUGAUGAAGCUUGGGAAGAACAUGUCCAAUGGAACCCUAGCUGUACAUUUGUGCAGUUGAACUCGUGAAGAAAAACAACAACAGAAUAUGUUCAUGUAAAAGACGGAAAGGCAUGUAUUUAUAAAGAAAAGUAUAAAGAACACUGUUUAUGAAGGCAAAUAAACAAUAUGUUUUGAUGAAAAAACAUGCAAAUGAACAAUAUGUGCUUCUACAAAAACUGUUUACAUUAUUUGUUUAUAAAUAACAUAGGAAGUUGACAUUCUUUUACAUUAAAUAUAAAAAGUCGAAUUAGGCUUAUUGUGCAGAUAUGUGGUUGUGCAUUCGAAAAUUGUUUUGGGGAACAAUACACAUGAUUGUGAUGAAGAAAAGUGAACAUUCGCACUAUGGUGUUUGAUAAGUAUCUGAUAAUAUUAAUCGAAUACUUGUGCAGAUAUUGAGAUUAACCUUGCACACUUGUUUUUUGAACAGAGAAACAAAACAUGUUUGUGUAUAAAUGAAAUAAAUUACUUAUUGUUCUUUAAUGAAGCAAAGUUUUUUUAAAAACUCUGCUUGGCAUUUUUAUAAUAAGUAAACACACUGAAACGUAACCAAAGUGUGUAAAACUUUGUCAGGUUUCAAAUAAUACUAGUAAAUUAUUAAGUAAGAGUCGAGAACAAAGUCUGUAUAUUUAAUAUUGACCUCUGCUGAUCUUGUAUUAAUUGUAUAGCUAAAUUUUAUUAUGUUUUAAUAAUUUGAUGCGUAGUUAAAAAUUACACGGUUGUAUAGUAGAGUUUACAGUUAAUAUAUGUUUAUAUUUAUUUAUGUAAAUAGAUAUAUUUACGAGCUUGGUGUCCAAACACAAAUCACUCUUCAAAAAACUAAAGUAAUUCAUAAACAGUUUGGAAGGCUUUUACUGGAUUUAAAUGCGUAUACAAAGUAUAUGUAUAGUGUAUAUGACUUUGUUUUAUUUAUGAAACUUUUGAUUCUUGUUUGUUUUAUAUUCAUAUUUUUAAUAAAAAAUAUGUUAACCUUUA